ACAUUAAAUAAUGAUUUAAAUAAAUUAUUAAAUUUUUACCUAAAUGAAACUUUUCUUUCUGCUCGCUCCUCUUCGGCUCUUCUUUGCUGCCUGGUUACCAUCUGCUUCUCUGCAAAAUCUGUUCAAGCUUUGUGCUUGUUGUUGAUACAAGAUGGUCAAUGCCACAAAAGGAUUGUUUGUGUCCUGUGACAUUCCCAUGGCGCAAUUCAUUAUCAAUAUGAAUGCUUCUCUGCCUGCAUCACAGAAGUUUAUUAUUCACAUUUUGGAUAACACUCGUCUAUUUGUGCAACCCCAUGCGGCUGAAAUGAUACGAAGUGCCAUUUCUGAGUUUAGAGACCAAAAUUCCUAUGAGAAACCUGCUUAAUUCUUUUUAAUUCGUUUUCUCUUUCAUUAUAUCAUGUAGAACUCGUUGAAUUAUAUAAUACUUCCUAUUUCUGAAUCA